GCUGGCCUAGCCUGAUUAGUAUUGCGCGGGAUACCUACGGAACGGUAGCCCUGAAAUGAGGAAAAUCGAAUCGGUUUCUGUUAGACGAGCGCAGCGCAGAGAGCCUUGGCUUUUUGUCAAAAUUAUUUGUUAGCUAUCUAUCGUUUUAGUUGUUUAAAAUGUAUAUCUGUUGUUUUUUAUAUUCCACUUGUGUGUUUUUACUUCGUUUUUAAAUUAAAUAUACUUCUAAUCACAUUCAAGAAUCUGGUGCAUGUUAACAAGAAGAAGGAUGAAGAGGUCUAGUAGGGAAAUGUACGAUGAAGACGACUGUCCUGAUCUGGAAACAACUGGCGAAUCCAUACUAAAAAUACUUAACGGGCCGACACUACCAACAUGCUACAAGGGACAGAGUGACUUUUCCAAUAUAGGACCAUCCUCUGUUACGGUUACGAAUAUAAUUGGGGAGUAUCGUAAUUUUGAACCAAAGCGGGUCCUACGUCAGGUUGCGAGACGAGCUGCCGUUUCAGGCACAUCUCCAGAAUGUUGCGCAGAGGAAAUAUCAAAUUUAAUUAUAUCACAUUUCCAUGCCAAUAAUGCUCGGAUUAACUCGGUUUCUCCAAAUAAUGAAGACUGGUACAAAGAUAUGCUGAAAUUAGAGGCUAAGUACGGUUUGAAAAAGGGAAACGAUCCUGACUUGAUAUCCUUCAAGCGACUGUGUUUCAUGUUCCCUCAUGUGUCCGUUAUGGCAAGGGCAGAAAAUUUUGAGAAUCAGAUUUUAAUUUGUACGGAAAAGGUUGCUAAAGUCUUUCACUUCGAAGAAUUUGGAGGUCUUAUACCCACAACCCGAUUCUUAAAAAAGGAUGUUAGGGAAGGGUUAGUGUUGAUACAUCUUUUCUGCUUAAAAAAGCGUUACCCAUAUAUCAAGGAUCACUUUUUACAGGUACUCCUUAAACGUACAAUAGAUAAUGGCAUUUUGACUGAUGAGAGGAGAAUUCAUUUUCUUAAGAUACGGGGUAUAAUUGAGAGCAAUGGAGAUUUAUCCAUCCCAAAUCAAAAGUUAGUCCGAUCUCUCAAUACAACUUACUCUACCUUUACAACCAGUGUUCACUGGAGUCUUUUGAACUAAAAUUGAGUUUUUUAGUACCUUUUAUAUUAUCUGUUAUUUUGUUAACUCUAUGGAAAAUCUUGUAUAUCUUUAUGUAUCUGUGUAUGUAUCAAUGUAAAUCUAAGUCAAAUCUUGUCGUGUUAAAUCUAUUCAAAAUCCAAAAAUUCUGUGGAUGUGUCAGUUUUUUGGGAGCACCGUUUUGAACAUAUUUAAUUGAAUAAUAAAUUUGUAUUAUUUACAAAAAAAGAAAAAUGAUACCAUUUCUGAAACUCCGAGCCUCCUCUAGCUGAAAAACUGAUGGCAACACUGUCCGGAAAUCAUAUGCUGCCGAAGCAUUUUUGUCACAUUUUACCUAUAGUAGCAACAUUAUUCACCCAUGAGACAAGAACUGAAACUGCUGGGCAUUAAUUAUUCCCAUUAAACUGUCAAAUAGUUCCAGGCAAGCCUGUGCAGGAUGUCUAGCAGAAUUUUCUUUCCUUUCCGUCUGACUUUGCCGGUUCACCCUUGAAUUUUCUGUCUACCUGACUUUCCCCGAUUCGCCAUAAUCUGUUUUCGAAAUCAAAAGAAAUGCAAAAAUGAAACUGAGCUCCGCACAAAAUACUAGUACGGAUGAGUGGAGGCUCGAAUUUCCAAUAGGAUUCAAUGCAGACUACAACAGAGCACAGCUUUGCCAAGUAUUGUAGUGUGGUAAAUUUAUGCAAAAAAUAAAAUCUUGCACAGGA